UCCUCAAAGCAGAAUUGCUGCCUCCGAUCAGAUUCCCAUUUUUAAGGCUCAGGGUGAUUCUCCCACCUGUCCUCGGAACCACAGCGCCAGUUUCCAGGCCGGUGUGGAAAGGCCAUCUUCAAGGGUCCCUCAAGCUGGGCGGCUGGGAGGCCCCGCCCCUCUCCUGCAGAGAAUGGGGACAAAGCCCACCGCUCUGGCCACCGUGAGGACACACAUCGCAAUGGCUGUUCCACCUGAGCCAGGCGCAGCAGGAGGCGCUGGGGGAGGCCUGCACUGCUGGCAGGAUGGGGACCUCCCCCAAGACAAGCGCUCGGUGGCUCGGAGCUCGGAACCCGAUGCUGCCCGGAUACCGUUGCUGGCACAAAGGACCUCCAGUGUACCAAGAUGGAACCAUCCCCAGGCAUCGAAAAGAAGUCUCGGAUCAAGACUCAUGACUCCCUCACAUCAGAGCCUCCUCCUCCUCCUCCUCCUCCUCCUCCUUGCCCUCGGCCUCCAGAAACUCAGGCUUCUGUCCCAGAGUACCCCCAAGGACCCCACGUGGUUCACACCGCACCCCCAGCCCUGUUCACCAACAUGACCACGAUGCAGUCGGCCAUGCCCAUCCAGUUCUCGUGUCCCUACUGCGGGAACUACAUCAUCACGGUGACCCGCCCGGUCCCGGGGGUCCUCACCUGGCUGCUGUGCACGGGGCUCUGCUUGUUUGGGCUGCAGGUGUUUCCUGGGCUGCUGCUUCUUCCCCUUCUGCGUGGACAGCUUGAUGGACGUGAUGCACACCUGCCCUGUGUGCCAGCACCAGCUGUUCCGCUACCAGCGCCUGUGACCCCUGCAAAAUAAAUGUUGACCAGCGACCUUCAACCGCCCACGUCUGUCCUGCAGGGUCCCUCCUCCCCGCGGUGGCGCAGGCCAUGAGGCGUUGCCCACCUGCCCUUCCCUCUGCCCUCCUGUCCCCAGGGCAGGUCAGGGUGGCGCUUAGCCGCGUGCCGGGUGCACAGCGGGUGCGCAGUUAGCAGUGGCCGAAUGGAGGCUGGCAGGGUGGUGGCCCUUCCUUCGGGGGUUCCCUCCUCUUCCGACCCCUUAGAAACCACAGUCCACUG